CAAACCGGCUAGCUGUUGUGGUUAUGACAAUGUUAUUACUUCCUGUAAGAGGAAAAUAGCUGUGUCUGGUCUCGCAAACUAGCUACACAGUAGGCUACACUCUGUUUUGAAAACAUGCUAGGUAGCUAGGUUAAUAACGGACUGUAUGGACAGUAUUGGUGUCUGAAGAGGACUGCGUUUACUGACAGCACGAUGUCCUCUCGCCUGAUGCGAUGUAUAUGACGUCCACAUGCUAACGUCAAAUUCAGGUUUAGUUAGCUAUACUCCUCCCAGAAUUAAUAAUGUCAGGUGCGAGGAUCAUGACCAAGUUGCGGUCAGCCUUCAAGAAGGAACGUGAUGAUUGGGACCUGAGUGACACGGCACCGUUUGACUUUACCGACGAGCUGGUAGACGACGAAAUCCCCAAAUUCAACAAGCUGAAAGUGGUUGUUUCGGGGGAUAUGGAGGAUUAUUCCGCCGGAGCCUCGUCCAAUGGAGUAGCUGUCAACACGCUGGUGGCAGACGACGACGACUCCUUGCUGGGCUCUUCCUCCAGUCUUGGUAGCCCUGGGCUCAACAUGGACCCCUGUGAAAGUUGCAUCAAGAAGAAAGAACAGAUCAAAAGGAGGAGAGUGAUGAAGAAACUGGGCUGCGCUGCUGUGCUCUAUUUCCUUUUCAUGAUAGGUGAACUCAUAGGUGGUUAUUUUGCUAACAGCUUAGCCAUAAUGACUGAUGCCCUGCACAUGCUUACGGACCUGGUGGGCAUUGUUGUGUCUUUACUGGCUCUGUGGCUCUCUGCAAAACCUCCCACCAAGACGUACACCUUCGGACUGCAUCGGCUGGAGGUGGUGUCUGCUGGCAUCAGUGUGCUGCUCAUCUACAUCCUGACGGGAGUGUUACUGAACGAGGCGGUGCAAAGAACUGUACACCAAGACUUCUCCAUAAACGGAGACGUCAUGCUCAUCACAGCAGCCGUAGGAGUGGCUGUCAACUUGAUAAUGGGCUUUUUGCUGAAUCAGAACGGCCACCUCCACUCCCACGGGCACGGGCAUGGGCAUGGGCACUCCCAUGGUCCCCCCUCUUCCUCCGGCCCCCAGUCCUCAGGCCAAGGUCAGCAGAGGAGCCAUGGGAGCCUGGCUGUCCGGGCCGCCUUCAUCCACGCCCUGGGAGACCUGGUACAGAGUGUAGGGGUACUCAUAGCAGCCUACAUUGUUCGCUUCAAGCCAGAGUACAAACUGGCGGACCCUAUCUGUACCUAUGUGUUCUCCAUCCUGGUGCUUUUCACCACCAUCCGCAUCAUACGAGACACAGGAGUCAUCAUACUGGAAGGAGCCCCCAUGCAUUUAAACAUUCAGCGAAUCAAAGAAGACCUUUUGAAGAUUGAAGACGUCCAAUCUGUGGAUGAGCUGAACGUGUGGGCGUUGACAUCAGAUAAGACCGUUGCGCUAGUACACCUACAGCUCCUGCCCUCUAGUGCCAGUGCGUGGGAGGACGUCCAAGCCAAGUCUAGGCACCUGUUGCUCCACACCUACGGUCUGUCCAGGUGCACCGUGCAGGUCCAGACAUACAGACAGAGGCCCGUAAACACCUGCGGACACUGCCAGCUGCCCAGCACCUGAGGCCUAACACACAGGCCUCGCCUCACAUACCUGCUUCCAGGUGAACCAAGUCCAAGACAGGCACAGCAGCAUUCAAUGGCACCAGUUCAUCACAGGUCAGUGUUGCAGGAUAUGCAAGUAGACUGACACUUAGGUUUGUGCCAAAGGAAAGUAAACUGAACUGACGGUCAGCGGAUGCAAAUGUCUUACUUAAGGGUGGCUACUUCCUCCAGAGACUUUAACCUAUGCCUGCAAAGCUCAAGCUUAAUCUUUAAUCACCAUUAAAGCCUAUGUUUAACUUUGUUCUUUUUUUUGUACUCAUUUAUUCAGUUGUUGGUGUUGAACUAAGCAAAAGCUUGUCAGAUGUCAUUUUAUUGUUUCUCUUCCUCUUCAAACAAACUGUAUUUGUUUUUAAUUUUUGGUAUUGAAAUGAACAGGUGCCUCUGUCAUGAUAUUAUGUAAUAUGGUCUACAAUGCAUCCUGGGGCCUGUUCCAUACAGCGAGUUUACUAAAUAAGAUGGGCUUAUGUCAGGGAAAGUAACUGACAUAAGCCUGGCUUAUUUGGUAAAUGCGUUUUAUAGAACAGGCACCAGGUGUAUUGAACACAUUUUCAUUGACUUGGAUGCAGCAAGUAGUAUACUCUUGUUUGACUUCUUCUUCUUGUUAUGUAUCCGAUUCAUAUCAUAUCCACAUGCUUUUGUUGAUGUGUCUGAAAAUGGCUGAAACUCAUUCUAAGCUUUGCAUGCACCAAUUUUAGAGAGGGGAGUCUUUUUUGCCUCAGUAACCACAUUAAAACAAAA